GCUCUGGGAAGGGACCAGUGUCUGGAAGUUACCUUACAGAUAGAGAGCACACACAGACAGUUUAUAAGUAUAUUUAGAAUGUACCACGUACGUUUGAUGUGUGGGUUGCGUAGCUUUUCGCAAUAUAAAUCACAGUUGCUUUCCAAUUAUGUUUGUGCACAGGUAAGUCAGAAUGUAUGGAAUCGCACUACCUCUGCAGCGUUCAAGCGCAUGUUCGUUACCGUUUCAAGGAAUGCACAUCAACGCCUGCUUCUGACCGAAGGCCUACAAAGGUCGAUUACAAGUACAGAAAGAAAUAAGAUAUCACAACAAAACACAGUGAGGUAUGCAUCUGCCGCAAGACCUUCUGAAGAUGGACGACUUGUCUACUCAGGGGAAAUCUCCAAGUCUGUCCUUGGUGUGAAGUUUUUUUCCUACUCCUGCAGCAUGUUCAGUAUCUGUGCCAUGCCAUAUGUGUUGAUGAAGACCGGCCUUGGUGUUCAGAGUUUGCCCUUACAGGUGGCAUUCUGUGGAGUCAUCGGUUUUUUCACCUUCAUCACCCCUGUUCUCCUUCACUUGGUCACAAAAGGCUACGUUGUGCGCCUGUAUCACAAUGAGGGAACAGAUUUGUAUACAGCCGUCACAUACAAUGCUCUACUAGCAGAGAAAAAGACUGUGUUUCAUCAGAGUGACGUAAAGGUACCGGAAAUCAGCAAGAUGUUCACCACUUUCUAUGCAAAGAACCACUCCAUGCUCGUGAACCCUGAUUCCUUCACUUUGCCUCAUGAUUACAACCACCUAAUGGGCUAUGACCAACCUUUCACAUUUGAAGUGGAUGACCACAAACCAGAUAAAAAAUAGACCAAAUGUUCAAAACUACAACAUGUGUCCCCUUCAGGAUGUAGUCGUACAUUAAAGUUGAAGUUGAAGACAUUGUUUUAAUAUGGGUAAUUCAUGACUAAAAGAAGGACUGUAUAGUUAAGGCUGAAGAACUUUACUUUUCUGCAUUUUAACGGUGUACCCUUUGCAUUUGGCACAGCCUUCAUUAAAAGAAUCAAUGGCC